UGCUAUGACGACAUUCCACACGACGUCGCAGUUUGUCUCAUCCAGGAAGAUUCGUAGGUCGGUUUAUGAGGCCAGACAGAUCAGUUGAAACAUAAGUAUAAGCGGAAAGCCAACUUACGUUGUUUCGCUUGGUGAAACGGUCUGCUGCCCCGGGCCCAGGCCGUCCAUCCCGUCCAUCCCGUCCAUGGUUAGCCCGGCCAAGCCUAGCUUAGCGUAGUUAAGGCGUCCUUACAAAAGAGCCCAUGUCAUGGGCUUUGGCAGUACCAAGGAUCACUAUAUAGCUCAAGAUUGGUACAGUAGCUAGCUGGCAUUCCAACCCUCGUUGCGCUGAAGCAUUGCGCUUCCACACCUAUCCGGAGGCGAAUAGGAUCAGCUGACCAAGCACACACAUCCGACGCCACGACGGCGCCUAUUGUUAUCGAACCGACAGUUGCAGACCACGCAACAUCCAUCCAUCCUAGGCGAUGGGUAACGCCACCAGCACUACCGGAGUUGCGGAUCCGGAGGCAAUUACCGGUGACCCGUCCACGCCUGACUUUUGGCGACGGAAGGGAGACGCUUAUGCUAAUGCCCGGAAUGCUGCAUUCGCUGCCAGCAAGGCUGCAUAUACAGCCCGUGAUCACACGCGUGCCCGACAGCUAUCCCAGAAGGGCAAGCAACAUGCGGCACAGGCGGUUGAGGCUCAUGCACGGGCGGCCGCUCUACUCCUGGAGCAGAACAACUCCCGCCGGCCGCCAGGCGAACUAGACCUGCACGGCCUACGGGUGACAGAGGCUGUGGCUGAGGUUCAGAAAGCGAUAAGCCGCGCGCGCAAAGACGGUCAGCAACAGCUGGUGCUGAUUGUGGGUCGAGGGUUACAUAGCGCGGACGGCGUGCCCAAGCUUCGACCUGCUAUCGAGAAAUUAGUACGACAGCAUAACCUGCGUGUGACGCCUGGGGUGCCCAACGAGGGUUGCCUGACGGUGGAAUUUGUGUCAGCAGCGGAGCGCGGCUGGGUGGAGUGGUUCGGCUCCGUGUUGAGCAAUGGCUGCGUGAUUUGCUGAGAGCCGUAUGCAGCGUGCUUUCUCAUGGCUUAUUAACCUAACGGCAUCAUUUCUGCAUGCCGAUGUGCAGUUAUUAUAAAUAGCCGGCUCAACUCCUUACACAGGCGGGUGUCCUGCCACGUGAUGACUCGGUACUUCACACGUACCAGAGCUGCCCUAGGUGGGCAAUCGUUGAGAUUCAUCCUGCG